AUGGCAAAUGAAGACAAACUCCGGUCUCCAGAGGAAGUAGACACUUUCAUUUCGGCAGAAAUUCCUAAUGAUGACCCAGUUCUAAGGGAGUUGGUCCUCAAAUGGAUGAUUCACAAUCCAUGUGGCGAACUUAAUCAGUCUGCAUCAUGUAUGGAGAAUAAGGGUGGAUCAGCUAAAUGCCGCUUUGGAUUCCCCAAAGCUCAUCAAGAGUUUACGUCAAUUGUUGACAACAAAAAACCGAAUUAUAAGAGACGGUAUGACCCACAACUGGAUCCAAAUAACCCAGAAUUUUCUCACGUCCAUGCGGUGUACCGCAAAAACAGUGAUGGACAAAAAGUUACACGGGACAAUAGACAUGUUGCUCCAUACAAUGGCUAUUUACUGAAGAAAUACAUGUGUCACAUAAAUAUCGAGUAUGUUGGUAGUGUUAGAGCCGUUAAGUACCUCUAUAAAUACAUUUAUAAAGGGCAUGACUGCGCAAAUGUAAAAAUUGUUGAAAAUGUGGCCCGAAUAAUGUAUAAUGAAGCAGAAACAUUUGUUGAGGCACGUUAUAUUUCGCCCCCUGAAGCAUGUUGGAGGCUGGCUGGAAAUGAAAUCCAAAGGAAAAGCCAUUCGGUGCAACGUUUGGACAUCCAUCUAGAAGGUCAGUACCGUGUGGGAAACAUGGAACAGACACAAGAAGAUGUAGCGGACACUGGCCUGAAAGGGUCCACCUUAGAGGCGUACUUUAAACACAACUCUAAACUUCACAUAGAAGAAGAGAAUGGGAAUGAAGUAACCUACUACUUCUACUGGCAGAUGCCAGAAAAGUACAAAUGGUUAGGCAAAACAAGUGAAUGGGUGGUACGACAGCGAAGCUCAAAAACUAUUGGAAGGAUCCACACCGUGAACUUGGUGGCCCAACCUGAACUUUAUCACUUGAGAAUGCUCCUCUUUCAUACCAAAGAUGCCAAAAGUUUUGAAGACCUUAAAUUUGUAAAUGGGACUGCCUAUUCCACUUAUAAACAAGCAUGCCUGGCAAAAGGCCUUACAUAUGAUGACCAGCAAUGGAUUGAUGGGCUGCGGGAAUCCGCUUUGUCAAAGAUGCCGAGUGUCAUGAGGACACUCUUUUGUCAAAUCUUGAUUCUCGGAUCACCAGAAAACCCUAAACGUCUCUGGGAUAUGUUUAAGGACGAGUUGGCAGAAGAUUUUCUUAGAGAAGCAGAGAUUUCUGGAACCCCUCUAGAAGAUGCUUACAACAGAGCAUAUAGAAUCAUAGCUUACAAGCUAAAUACUGAAGCUACAGAAGGACGCAACUUCCGUUUUUGGGUAGAGAACUAUGGAAUGGAUGAUAUUAACGACUUCGAGAUGAAUGAGGAGGUUUUUAACGUAGGGCAAUCUCAUGAAAUUGGCCAUCGCCUCUACAACAACCUCAAUGAUAAACAGAAGGAAUUUGUUGAUGCUGUCAUCCAAACACUUGAUGAUGAGAGUUCAGGACCAAAAUGUUUCUUCCUUGAUGGACCUGGAGGUACAGGGAAAACAUUUGUCUACAAUACCUUGUACCACCUCUGCCGAAGUCGAAACAUCAUUGUUAAAUGCAUGGCAUUUACAGGCAUUGCAUCCAUACUUCUGCCAGAAGGACGCACAACCCACAAGACAUUUGGUCUUAAAGUUCCUUUGACUAAUGAUUCAAAAUCAUCAAUCAAACGUGGAUCUUCAAAAUUCAAGGAAUUGGAAGCAGUCAACAUGUUCAUGAUGGAUGAAGCACCAAUGCUUCCUAAAUACGGUCUUGACUGCAUGGACGAGCUCCUUCGUGAUCUAGGUGACAGGAACUCCCCAUUUGGCGGGAAAAUAAUGAUUUUAGGAGGAGAUUUUCGACAGUGUCUACCGGUCCAGCCAAGGGCAAAUCGUACCGAACUUCUAGACCUUUCCAUCAAGAAAAGUGUUCUCUGGAGGUACUUCAGGGUUUUCUCUCUGGAACAAAAUAUGAGAGUUGAUGCGGAAGAGGAGUGCUUUGCUAGGUACCUACUGAAACUUGGAAAUGGAGAGCUUGAUACCAACGCUGAUAGUGAAAUUGAACUCCCUAAUGACAUCAUCACUAAUACUAAUGACAUUGUUAACGAGAUCUAUGGAGAAUGUCUCUCCGACGGAAACUUUGAGGACAUGAAGGAUCGAGCAAUUCUUGCACCCCUAAACAAGGACGUCGACACAAUUAACAACACCGUUAUCAAUUUAAUUCCUGGAACCGAGACCAUUUAUAAAAGUUACGAUUCAAUUAAAGAUGAACCAGAAGGUGCCUUAAAGUUCCCCCCAGAAUUCCUAAACUCUAUCGAGAUUUCAGACCUACCACCACACCAGCUCAGACUAAAAAGUAAUACCAUUAUCAUGCUCCUUCGUAACCUUGACGUCUCAGAGGGUCUGUGCAAUGGCACUAGACUGAUAGUUACAGCACUCUGUCCUAACAUAAUAAAAGCCAAGAUCAUCACUGGUGAACACUCUGGCCGAGACGUGCACAUACCGAGAAUCACCCUUGAUUCAUGCAAGUCUCAGCUAGGGUGUUCACUACAAAGACACCAAUUCCCUAUUCGGCCAGCCUUUGCGAUGACAAUACAUAAAUCGCAAGGGCAAACAUUUAAAUAUGUCGGCGUCGUGCUACAAACGCCUGUAUUCAUGCAUGGCAUGCUAUACGUUGCAUUUUCAAGGGUAAAGCGUAGAAGUGCAUUGAAAGUGGUGGUACCGCCAGAAACAGGUGGUCGCACACGCAACGUAGUGUGGACCGAAGUUUUUAAUUGA